CAAAGAACAGAUCACACACAUUCUCCUUCUGCUAUUUCCCCCCGCCUUCAAGUGGUUGUUGUUCUUCUCAAGCGGUAACUCAGGAGUGAAACCAACCACAAUGAGGAACACUACCUUUAGCAAAAAUAUACAGUGCAAAGAUUGUAUGAAUGGAUGAUACUAGAACUAAACUUCAUCAAAUCCCCAGUUUCUUGGAAAGCAAAUAGCGCCAUUUUUUCCCACUUUGCUCUUCACAAUUACUUUGCAAGACAUGAAAAAAAUCUUUGGCCAUUUAUCACUGGAAGAACAUUAGGGGAGAAUGAGAGAAAAUAUAGUAGGAGCUUCAAAUGAAUCACUGGUAACUGAAUUCAUUCUGAUUGGAUUAUCAGAACAUCCCAGAGCUCAGAUUGUUCUCUUUUGGUUCCUCUUGAUGGUAUAUCUCAUUAGCUUUCUUGGCAAUGGACUCAUCAUCAUGUUGAGCAUUGCUGACCCCCGGCUUCACACUCCCAUGUAUUUCUUCAUUUGUGUCCUUUCUACUGUAGACUUUAUUCUUACCAACAAUGCACUUCCUGAGAUCCUGGUGAACUGCUUCAUCUACAGGCCCACAAUUUCUUUCUCCAGAUGUUUGGUCCAAAUGUACAUUGGCUUAUUUCUGAUUGUAGCAGAGUGUAUUGUUUUGGCAGACAUGGCAUACGAUCGCUUGGCAGCUAUAUGUCAGCCAUUAUACUACACGCAGAUCAUGAGUUGGAAAUUAUGCUUUUAUCUAGUAGCCAUGUCAGUGGCCAUUGCCUUCAUGACAACACUGAUCAACGUGCUCUUGAAGCCCACUGAUUUCUGUGGCCAUCGCAUCAUCAACCAUUUUGCAUGUGAGCUUCAAUCCUUACUCAAACUGGCUUGUUCCAACACAGUCAGUGAGCUCUUUAUGCAUAUCUCCAGCCUCUUUCUGCUAUUUCCUCCCUUUGGCUUCAUAGUAGUGACAUACAUCCGCAUAGGCCUGGCUAUACGAUGUAUAAGCUCCACCCAGGGACGCAGAAAAGCCUUCUCUACCUGUAGUUCUCACCUUGCUGUGGUCAGUGUCUUUUACGGAACAAUCAUGAUCAUGUACUUGAGACCCGAAGGGAAAUCCGUUUCUGAAAAGGACAAGGUCAUAUCCUUAGCAUACGGGGCUCUGACUCCCAUGCUUAACCCUCUGAUCUACAGCCUGAGAAACAAGGAUGUCAAGGGGGCAUUUUGGAUGCUGGUUCAAAGAAGAAUCUUAAUGUAAUGUACACAUACUGUAUGCUCACCAUCUACCAUGUAGGUUCUUGUUGCUGACAAUCUCUAGAAACCUUUUAAAAAGGAAUUUAAUAACCAGCGUUACUGCUCCUAGUAAACCCCAGAGGGCAUAAGCAAUACCGAAUGUUAAUGAGGACUGUGUUAGGGCUUCAAGAACUAGAUUCACAAUACUUUUGAAGAAUAUCAGGUUGGGGACUAUAUUAACAAAUAAGCUGAGAAUUUUAGAUGCCAAAAUACGCCCCCAAAUACAUUAUUGGUUUCAACUUAUUGAUGGACGGGCUUUUCCACAAGUAUAUAUGAUAAUAUUUUUUUAAAGUACUUGUUAUCCCAUAUGUGCUCACAGAUAAGCCAUCCAUCUUCAAUUUUCUAACCAAAAUACCUGGGCUGGAGUGUAGUGAGGAGGUAGAUUCUGAAGAGAAAGAGGCCAUAUUCCAGCGGUAUAAGAGGCAAUUCAGUCCAGAUGUUAUAUAUGAGAGAAAAAAUGGGUGAAGACAGUCUGCCUCUUAUAGUUUAUAGAUUACAAUAUAGAAGUGGAUAGUAGAGUUUUUAGUUUGGAAAGAUUUUGUCUGUAGGUGUGAAACAAUAAAGAACUCACUGG